GAAUGGUGUGCUGUGACAGGGGGAAUAUCAAGUAAUUGACGGAGCUUGCUUUUAAUUGGAGUUAUCUGUGAUGCAAGUAGAGCUAUAGCAGUAGUACCUUGGGGGAAGCAGAGCACAAGCAAUGGUUGGGGGCCGAGGCUCUUUUCUUGGCACAACAACUCUCAUUAAAUUCCACCAACGUUACUCCGAUCUCCGCGUCCGCCGUGGAAUCUCCCUCCCAAACCGAUCCUUCCUUCCAUUGUUGGACCUCAAUUUGUCUGGGUUAAGGGGAAAAGGCGCCAAUCAUGGAAUUCCUGUCGAAGCAUACAACUUGUCUGUCUAAUCUGGAGCUUAACCUUGCUCCCGGAUGGCAGACUGUCAGCGCGUAUUUCCUUCUUGCAGCAGGAAGCUUGUUUGUCGCCUCUAGAGCUUUGACUUUUGUCAGAGUUCUUCUCAGCCUGUUUGUUCUUCCUGGAAAGUCACUUCGCACUUUCGGCCCCAAGGGUAGCUGGGCCGUGGUCACAGGUGCCUCCGAUGGUUUGGGCAAAGAAUUCUCGCUCCAACUUGCUCGUGCUGGCUUCAACAUCGUUCUCGUCUCCCGGACUGCCUCGAAGCUGACUACGUUGUCCGAUGAGAUCACCUCCAAGUACGCCUCCGUCCAGACCAAAACCCUGGCUAUGGACUUUGCUCGCAACGAAGAUAGCGACUAUGAGAAGCUGAAGGCCCUGGUGGAUGAGCUGGACGUAGCCAUUCUAGUAAACAAUGUUGGAAAGAGCCACGACAUCCCCACUCCUUUUGCAUUGACUUCUCAGGAGGAGAUGACGGACAUCAUAACCAUCAACUGCAUGGGAACCCUGCGUGCUACUCAGUUGAUUGUGCCGGGAAUGAUGCAGCGCAAACGUGGGUUGAUCCUGACAAUGGGAUCCUUUGGUGGCCUUCUCCCAACUCCUCUUCUUGCCACCUACUCCGGUAGCAAGGCCUUCCUGCAGCAGUGGUCGACGGCUCUUGGCUCGGAACUUGAGCAGCACGGUAUCACCGUUGAGCUCGUACAGGCAUACCUCAUCACCUCUGCUAUGUCAAAGAUUCGCCGGGCCAGCGCUACAAUCCCGGACCCCCGGUCGUUCGUCAAGUCGGUAUUGUCCAAGAUUGGCCGCAAUGGUGGAUCUCCAUUCUACGCUUACAGCUCGUCGCCCUACUGGAGCCAUGGAUUGAUGGCUUACUUCUUAACUUGUAUCGCUGGAACCAUGGGGAAGUUCGUUACUUCUAAGAAUCGGGGAAUGCACGAGUCAAUCCGGAAGCGAGCUCUGCGCAAGGCCGAGCGCGAGAAGGCGAAGAAGAGCACCUAGGUGAAGGUUAAUUCGUUGAACGAGAUUGAGCGCUGAAUGAUCUUGGGUGAAGGGACUGUAA